GCACAAGCAUUCUGGUUUCUCAAUGUUGGCUCAAUCCUCCUAUAUACUUGCCUCUCACGCUCCACAUUCUUCGGAGAAGUUGCUCUAGCAGAAAUUGAAGGAGCAGCAGCCUUUGGAGAUGGAGGCCUAGGGGAAGCAGCAGGCCUUGGAGAUGGGGCUCUUGGCGAAGUAGCAGCCCUUGGAGAGCUACUAACUCGUAGGGAGGGAACCCGUGGAGAAGAAGAAACUACUCUGGAAGGUGGAGGCACAAAAUUUGGAGUUCUGGGUUGUUCAGCAGGAGGCGUUGGUGGCCUGAAUGUUAGUUUGUGUUCCCUUUCUGCCUCACCCAAGAUCUUCUCGAUGCUGCUCGGUUCUCUGAACAAUGGAAUGAAUGAGCUGCUGCUCUCACCCUGCCUGAACUUUCCUAUGCCUUUACUCUUUUUCUCUUUACUACUACUUUUCUUAUCUGGUUCCUGCAUUGAGGUUAAA